GAGUCCGUAACCGAAGACAGUCCAAAGCGGCAACAAAAUGGCAGUCUCCUCCUUCCCCUGCUCCUCUUCCUCCCUAUGUUUCGUUUGAUUCCGUCAACUAUCGGUCUCCCGUUAGAGCACAUCGCGUUUUGAUGCCGCUGCAUUAUGAUGCUUCCGCAGUCACACUUUUUGGCAACAUCUCAUGCUACUUUUUCUUGUGAUUUAGGUUUGAUUCCAGUGUAUCUCUCUUUGGAGAAUUGAUAACUUGCAUUUUUCUUGGCAAACUGGGAUGAGUAGACUCUAUUAUCGUGAUUUUUUUUUUCAAGUGGGUUCUUGAAUGUUGAACGAAUCUUACCGCCUCUUCACAAAUUAGAAUCUUGGUGGUUAUAAUUAUUAUUAAUCAUUGUUAUUUAUUUGUUCUAACCUAGGUAAAUCAUAUUGAUGUUUCAGUAGCAAAAGUGACUGCCAGAGAUUUGACGUCUGUACCAUUCUUCAAUUAAGUCUCGAGUGUAGCAGCUGUACACUGCUCAUAACUUUGUUCUUUUACUAAUUUCCAAUUUGAAAAUUACUCGUACUGGUACUUUGAAUGUCUAAUCAACAUUUUUGAAAAUUUCGAUUCUGAUUCGUUUCAAUUAGUACAGUGUACAUGCCCAUUGAGCAUUUUGCUUUAUAUUUGGAUGACUAUUAUCCAAUCUCGCCUAUCCUUUUGAAGUUUGAACUAUGCAGUCUUGUUGGCCGAAAUGCUUGACCUGUUAAUGGGAAAGUAGUUCAUCUUUGGUUUUAUAUGUAGAGAUGAAAUCACAGAUAGUAGCAAUGCAGCUUAUCUAUACCUAUUUGUUGACUCAUGGAAAUUUGCUUAAAAUUGUACAUGCUAGAAUCAUUUUUUGAGUGUUCUACUAAGAUAGUUUAACAAGUCUAUUUAUACCUGUAUUUGCAGUGGAUUGUCUUGCUUCCUUGUCCCUUAUUUUAGUGUUCUUAGCAUUUCAUCACUAACACGUCCAAUAUCAAAAUACAUGGAACUUGUGGAAGUUAACCUUAAUGGGCCCAUGGAAAGCAUAGUGAAAUGCUCUUUUGAAGCAGAGUCAAGCUUGGUAAAGAACAAUUUUACUUGUAAACAUAUUCAGGUUCAUGUUAAUAGCCACUUUGGCCCUACUUCCGAAAAUGAUGAAAUGAAGGCUGAGCAUUUAUUUUUGGAUCCACAAACUGAAAUAGAUUUGAGUGAGGAUAUCAUGCUUAAGGACUCUGCGAAUGAUGAAGAUUGCCUAGCUAUUGAAGAUUUUAAAUUUGCCGCUGAUUACAUUGAUCAGAGAAUACAUUUUGGCAAUUCUAAUCCUGAUGCUUUGUUGCUGCAGAAGUAUCAGUUUCCUGAUAGGUUGUUCCAAGGACUUAAUGAUGAAUCAUUUGGUUUCCUAAACAAUUUCUGCAGAAGCACCACUCCUGAUAUGCUUUUGGAAUGUUUUCAGAUGAAAUCUGCCUCUCCGAGUACAUCAUGUAUUAGAAGCGCCAGAUAUGAGUUGCAAGCUAAAAGCAGUGAGAAAUUUACUGAUCUUAAUGACAUUUCUGACUUGCCCAAUGCUCUUGAUUCUCUUGCUGAAACUACACCUGACAGAGAGACAAUUUUCAUUAACAAUGCAACCGCUAAACAAUUUCCAGAUGACUUCAGUAGCAAUUUUGGGCUGGACAUAGAAAUGUAUUAUGAGCAGGUUCUUGGGCAUCAUCCAUAUUGUGGAUCUGCCAACCUUACUGAAAUUGAUAACUUUUCCAGUCCCUUCAAGUUUUUCUCUACUCCAAAUGAUUAUAUUGAUGAAAUGGUUUGGAUUCCAGAAAAUCAUUUUGGAGUGUCUAGUCAGUGCAGAAGUAUGUCUAACGGCAUCCAGGUUGCUAAACAGAUUGAACAUUCUCUUGGGAAUGGAAUGGAAAGGCUUUCUGAAGCACAGAAUCGUGAUGUUGAGCUUUUGAUUUGGGAAAAUAAAGAAAAUGCUGGUAUAUCAAACAAGAAGUUGCGCAAGACGAGAAGAUGUACUGAACAAGCUUCAAACUUUAAAUCCAAAUGCUAUGGAGAAACCAGAGGUGCAAUUCCAAAGAAACCGAGAAGUCUACGGAGUCCUAGAAUUCGUCCAAAACUUGAUGAGGUAAAAGAGACCAUGAUAAAUGAGGACAAAUUCUCAACUUCAGCAGCUGAAUCUAAACCCACAUAUGAGUCUGAAUUGCGAGAUGAUGCAUCAGAAAACUGGAACAUGAGAAUUAGAAAUUUAAAAUGUGGGUUCAGAAGGAAGAAGCACAAUAAGAUUUGGACGCUCACAGAGGUGAUGAAGCUUAUUGAAGGUGUUUCUCAUUGCGGAGUAGGCAGAUGGAUUGAAAUCAAGAAGUAUUCAUUUCCAGCAUUUGCUUUCCGCAAUUCUAUUGAUCUCAAGGAUAAAUGGAGAAAUCUGGUGAAAGCCAGCAAUGCUGGGCUACACAACAGGAGUCAGGUUGGGGGAUGCAAGAGACAAGUGUCACAGACGGUGCCGGAGUGCCUCUUGCAACGUGUUAGGGAAUUAUCAGUGAUUCCGGCCAAGGACCUCCGAGUCUCGUUCUGAUGCCAAAUUCAGGAGCUCUAGAUGAUGGUAGAUUGAAAAAUUCUUUUCUUUCAGAUAAUAUAGUUUCUACUUUCCUUGUGGGGUUUGAAACUAAUGCUGUUUCUGGCCAAGGCAGAAAAAAAAUGAAUUGUUAUCUUUUCUGACUUGAAAGAUUGCAUUUACUCUAGACAUUGUACGUUUA